UGGCAGAGUAAUUUAAAUCCUUUUGCUUAUAGUUUCUGCUCGUAAGGACUAAACAACACGAGAGAUGGACUACAAAGAACAGCUGAAUGCAGGAGGAAUCUCAGAUAGAAACUGUCAUGAACAGGUUGAGCAAGUUGUAUCCAGCGCGCAGUUCGGAGAUUUGAUCGAGUUCUCGUACCCCAUUGGCUACUCACACUGGGGCGUGUACGACGGAGAUGGGUACGUCAUUCACUUUGCGGUUGCAGAUGAAACUCAGGUGAUGAGUACGUUUCGGGGUUUUCUGCAGACUGUCUUCCCUGUUUGUGGUGAUCUUUUGCUUGGAGAAACUAAGAUACGGCGUCAGCUUCUGUCUGAGGUUAAUGUACCUAAAGGAGCUCGUGUUUUAGUGAGCAAUAGCCGACACGAUCUCCAGCCUUCACCUGUGGAUGAAAUCAGAAAUCGACGAAAUGCUUUACUUGACAAGGAGUUUACUUACAAAGUCCUCACGUUUAAUUGUGAGCACUUUGCCACAUUUGUCCGCUCUGGAAAAGCGAUGUGCAAUCAGAUCCCAGGGAAGCCCAAAAACAAGGAAUGUGUGGAUGCUACAGAACAAUUUAGCAGCCUUGUGCCAUCGUUGGAUACUCACUCCUGAAUGCCAAUCUACAGAUUAUCAUGAGAAUAAUGUAUUGUGUUUCAUACUUCAAGGAUGUUUCAUAUUUCAAGGAUAUUUUCCCCACAAGAUUUCUGUUUAAUGUCACGGGAAAGUGUUCUUCACUCUUUAAUGGUCUUAUUUGGUCUCCUAGCCUGGUCAGGCUGGUUUUAAAAUGGUUUUGGCCACUUUUUAGGUGGUCAGUCCGGGAGACUGACUUGGUUAAGCCAAAAGACCAUCUUGUAUCAGCUAAGAAGUGUUUUUUUUUUAAAGGGUUUUCCCAUGUUUCUGACUAUCUUCUUCAUAUUUCUAACUAAUAUGGCGCACACCAUUACUAAUGUUCUUACACCACAGACCCCAUAGAAUCGAUUGACAAGUGCAGAUUUCUUUCUUGUGCUGCUGACACAUUGCCAGUUACAACAGAAAGUCUGGGAAAUAUCUAAGGGCCAAGUCACCAAUUCCAAUACAACUUGAGUAAAAGUCUUAGAGUAUCUGAUUUUAACAGUACUUAAGUAUUUUACUCCUACUAAAUGUAGGCUCAAAGAUGCACUAGUCCUCAACACCCAAGAGACAUGCCAGUGAAAAUAAGAAACAGUUGAUUUGUAAGAUGAGAAAUCACGUUUCUUAUAUAAAGUCAAAAUAAAACUGAACACCUCAAAAUUGGAAUAAAUCAAGGUCGACAAUGACAACAGCCUCUUGAAAGUCUCAGUUAAGCUCAAGUGCACAAAAAAGCCAUAAGACAUCCUUCAAAAAGGUCUCUUCAAUAUAGCGGAUAAAUAAAAUAAUGUUAAGUAAAAUUAACUAGUUAACAGCACUGGAGGUGCUGGUUUAACUAAACUAAACAGCACUGGUUUAACUAAAAUUAACAGCACUGGAGGUGCUGGUUUCUCCACAUUACCGGCUGCUGCCACGCCCUCAUCUCAUAAAUCAAACACCUGCGAUUCAGCAACAGCCUGCUAAUGCACUUGCAUUCAUUUUGGGUGAGUAAAUUCAAAACGCACAAAAUAUAGUACCUUCAGUGACCUUAGAUGGCGAUAUUGCUUCUUUAUAGCAGAAGUAAACAGCUGCAGAAAAAGUUAGGUGCCAUGCAAAAUGUAAUGUGUAAUUGCAUUACUCAUCACAAAUGUAUUGAAGAGUACAUUUACUUAUUCAGAAAUGUAGUCAAGUAGAGAGUAAAAGUUGCUAAUAUCUUUGAUACUCAGUAAAGCUACAAAGAUGCCUUAAGUACAGCAACUAAUUAGAUUUACUCAAAUACUUUACACCACUGGUCUUUUGUAACAACCUAAAGAGAACCUAUUCAGAAUGUUAUCUAAUGGCUAUUCUUAUAUAUUUAUAACCAUAAACUAAGCUUCCCAGAAUGCUCUGGGAACCAAAAAUUGUUAGCUGGGUAUAGGUUUUAAAUUAGGCCAUAGCUAUGAACAUUGAUUUUCUACUUACUAGUCAGCUGCAUGUGACUUUGGCCUAUUUUUCUAGAAUACACUUUUAGUUAAAAGUGAAUUUUCUAUGGGAAAAUUUUUUUGAUUUCACUAACUUCAUAUCAACCAGAAUUGAUUAAAAAAAAAAAAGGAUUUAAACAAAAUUGCCAAGAUUACAUCAGCUUCUUGCAGGUUUGAAGAUAAACUUAUUUUUAUUUAUUAAGAUGUUACAGCAGUAACAAUAGCUAGUAAGCUAACUGUAUUGUGGAUGAAAAUGUGGUUACCAUGGUGAUCUUUCAUAAUGUAAAGGGGCUAUGCAGUGUUGUGUUUUUCAUUAUUAAAAAAAUAAAUAUUUAUAUUCUAUACAAA